GAAACGAGCCGGAAUUCUCAUCACUGCUAAGAAGAUAGAUAACGUUAGUUCAUAAAUAUUUAAACAGCUUAUGCGGACUUCGGUAUCUUCCAAAGUUCCGGAAGAGCAAGGUCAUCAUGUAACUAAUUAAUAUCGACGAACCUCACCACAGUAGGACCAGUCACUUCCAGAACACAGAAUUGUUCAGCAGAGCCUUUUAUCGACUCUUUAUAAAAAGCGCCAACUGAUUGGUCCGUUUUAGAGGCGUAGGACGUUUGCGUCAGGCCGAAUCUGCUUCUUUCAAACACAAAAUACGUAUACUGGACUGCGACCAAUGAACUGAAAGGAGUUUUAUGUCUGUGACCGCAAUGUUUUGAAGUGAGCAAUGAAUAUUUGAUACGAUCUUGACUUCUUUUUUUUGGACAGAUAUGAAUCCUAUUCAUCUACUUCGUGUUUUCAGAUGUGCUCCACGCAUAUUACAAACCAAUAGAUUUAGAAAUUUCACAUCCUGCCAAGACAAGAUGGCAUCCAUAAAACAUAAGAACGCGAAAAGGAUAGAAGGUCUGGACAAGAAUGUAUGGGUGGCCUUCACAUCAGUGGCAGCAGACCCUUCCAUUGUCAAUCUUGGACAGGGUUACCCAGAUAUCCCUCCUCCGUCUUAUGUGAAAGAGGGUCUCGCUCAGGCUGCAAUGGUUGACAGGCUGAACCAGUACACACGUGGCUUUGGCCACCCAACACUGGUUAAAGCCCUGUCAAAAGUAUAUGGAAAAGUCUAUGACCGUCAGCUCGACCCGUUUAAAGAGAUCCUGGUUACAGUAGGUGGAUAUGGAUCUUUGUUCAGCACUAUGCAGGCUCUGGUUGAGGAGGGAGACGAGGUUAUUAUUAUAGAACCCUUUUUUGACUGCUAUGUUCCUAUGGUGAAAAUGGCAGGGGGGAGACCUGUUUUAAUACCUUUGCGAUUGAAGUCGUCACCAGCAGCAACCAGUGUAAGCAGUGCUGACUGGGUUCUGGACCAGGAAGAACUUGCUAGUAAAUUCAACUCCAAGACCAAGGCUAUCAUAAUCAACACUCCUAAUAACCCUAUUGGAAAAAUAUUCAGUAGGAGUGAGUUGCAAGCUAUUGCCGAUCUCUGCAUCAAACAUGACACCCUGUGCUUCAGUGAUGAGGUAUAUGAAUGGCUCGCAUAUAAAGGCCAUGAGCAUGUAAAGAUAGCAACCCUCCCUGGAAUGUGGGACAGAACCAUCACUAUCGGCAGUGCAGGGAAAACAUUCAGCGUCACUGGAUGGAAGCUGGGCUGGUCAAUCGGGCCUGAUCACUUGAUCAAACACCUCCAGACUGUUAUGCAGAGCAGUCUCUAUACAUGUCCGACUCCAUUACAGGAGGCUGUUGGCCAGGGUCUUCUUCGGGACUUUGAGCUGAUGGGUAAACCCGACUGCUACUUUACCUCUCUAGCACUAGAGCUGGAAGGGAAAAGAGACCGCAUGGCAGCCAUGUUGAGACAGACUGGCAUGACUCCAGUGGUCCCGGAGGGAGGAUACUUCAUGAUAGUGGAUGUCACAGCACUCAAUCAGGACUUGUCACAUAUGGGGGAUGAUGAACCAUAUGACUACAAGUUUGUAAAAUGGAUGAUAAAAGAGAAGAAACUGGCUUCGAUUCCUGUAACCGCUUUUGUGGGGGAAGAUUCAGUAAAGCAGUUUGAGAAAUACAUUCGUUUGUGCUUUAUCAAGCAAGAAAGCACCUUGGAUGCAGCAGAGGCCAUUCUGAAGAGCUGGAACAAAGGCUGAUUUUUGAAACCCUGAUAAUGCAGUAAUACAUGUCCGGUACUGACCAGAUAAAAUAUUUAACUUAAAUUCUAUAUUGUUACAUCCUCUUACAAUGACCUAAACUACAGCUGAAGUGUGUUUUGAGCUUGUAUUUAAAGUUUGCAGGAUCAGUCAUUAUUUUAAGACUGUUGGGAUUAUGGAUUAUAUGUUAAUUUUUUUGUCACAGGCUACUAGUUGUUUUAAAUUUACUGAAUUUAAUGCUUGAAUAAAU